AUGACCGGCGCACGCGUAGAAAUCCUUCUAGGCGUCGCCGGACCUCUAACACCUUUACUAGCCGCUCCUAUCGGAUCCACACUUCAUAACCACUUCCAUAAACCGCUUUAUGACUAUUACCCCGAUCAAGAACAAGUCUGCGACCAUGAUCGUCGCAUUGUGUUGAAAGAACUUGAGAUAGCAACAAGGAUGUUCCAAGACAUCAACUCUCGAUUGAUCGCGUGCAAACUUAUUGGAACCGCGCUCAAGGGCCAGGAGAAGACGGGGGUGUUUCUAGAUGCUGUAGAAAGGAAGAUUGGAAAUGCAAAGGAGGAUAUAGUGGAGAUGUUGGGUUCGGUUGUAACGGCGAAGCUACCACAAAACUCGGCCAAUACGUUCGGUAGCCGGGAUAAUUCGAAGUAUUGUGUCAAAAGGGGCGUUUCGAAGGUCAAAAGUCAGUUAGUUAUGCACAUAACGGCAGACAGGGCAUAA